AUGAUCGCGGAGGAUUGGGUAAAAUCAAAAAGUGUGCAAGAAAGAAACAUAAUGAUUAGAAGGGCGCGAACUGCACGCCUGAUUGUUUCUUGCGCGUACUUCAUAAUAGGAGUAGCGUGCUUCUUCAUCGUCGUUCCCGCGAUUUUUGGAGUGUCAAUGAGAUUCGCUUCUAACAUUACUGAUCUAGGCAGACCGAUGCUUCUACAAACCUAUUAUACUUAUGAUGUAUCUAAAUCACCGCAAUACGAACUUACGUUUAUUAGUCAAGCAAUUUAUAUUACUAUCGGUAUCAUGUCUUACACUGGAAUCGACAAUUUUCUAGGGCUAUUGAUUUUUCAUAUAUGUGGUCAAUUGGAUAUUCUGAAAAAUCGUUUAACACGUUUUAAUAAAUGCAUCAAUUCUAAAAUGUUAAAAAACUGCGUGACAGAACACGUUCGUUUACUUAGAGCUAUUGCGAUUAUUGAAGAUACAUAUAAUAUAACACUUCUCGCCUUAUUUAUAUAUUUUGCGAUACUCUUUGCUUUUUAUGGUUUCUGGAUAAUUCAACUACUUAAUGAUGGAAACGAUAUAUCGAUCAUUUAUUUGAUAUGUUUCAUAUGCAUUGUUCUUAAUUUGUUUGGACAUAUGUGCCUAUAUUGUGCCCUUGGUGAAUUUUUGAUGGCUCAAUCUAAUGAAAUGUACUAUGCGGCAUACAAUAAUGAAUGGUAUUCCGUGAAUCCAAAAGUUGCACAAGAUUUGUUGCUUUUUAUGACAAGAGGCUGUAAACCGAUUUAUCUCACCGCUGGAAAAAUGUUUCCCUUAACAAUGUCUACAUUUUGCAGUUUAGUGAAAACGUCAGGUGGUUAUAUAUCCAUUUUGCUUACAACAAGGAUGUAA